AUGUCACCGCCAAAGGGAAAGUCGUCUCAAUCCGAAAAGGCCAUGGCCGAGCGGUCCGGACAGCCUGGACUAGGCCACUACAAAAUCCUGGCGGAGCAAUUCUACGAAGCCGUGUUGCUGCUCAAAGCUCUGAGUGGCCUUCGUGACGGCUUUGAGGGAUUCCCUGGGAGCCAAAACCAAAGCAAAGAACGUCUCCGGAACUUCUUGCGAGGUCUAGCAUACUUUUGCGACUCCAAGAAGGGGGGCGACACAUACACGGGUAUUGGCCUCGAGGAGACCGAGACUCAAUACAUAUUCUGGGUCACCUCAAACAAGUAUCGACCUGAGUUGGCAGACUUCCUCAGGGACUUGUUGAACCGCCUGAAAGAGUUGAAAGAGUUGAAAGAUGCUCCAGAGGCCACGAAGGAGCUCCUCAGACGCAACUUGCAAGAAUUCUGUUUCACGAAAUCAGCUAAGCGGAUCAGCAUGUAUCAAACACAUUUGAUCAAAUCCGUUAAUGAUGCCCAAAAUAUCCUGGAUCAACCGAGGACACAACAUGAUCAAGAAUUGUCCUCAUGGAUAUCCGGGCUCAUCAAUAAUGAUGGCAUAGACAAUGUAGAGCUUUGUGAUUCUAUGUUCACUGCAUCAAAGGAAAACCGCAUGCUGAGGCUUCUCCGCUCAAGAGCAAAGUUCGAGAGAAGCUUGCAAAGCAGUCGAGGUGAAAGAAAUGCCUUUGACGAAAUCAGGCAUUACAUUGGCCGUUUGGCCUCUCAUACUCGAACGCAUAAUCAGCUAUGUGAUGAUGUGGAAGACCCGCUGAUAGGGGAGAUAAUCCGCGAACCACUCGUUCGACAGAUUGAGCCUCUCGAUCAGACAGCAGAACCUACAUAUGAUAUACACACAAAGCUGAAGGGGCUUCUCGCUGGGAUAAAAGAUGGCGCUGAGAGACAACAAGUCAAAUCUCGGCUGGAUGACUUGAACAGACAGUGUGAAAUUUGGGAGGUCAUUUCCAACCAAUACAGUAAUUUCAAGCCCAGGGCACACGCAGAGGUUCAGAUCCUUGAGCAUUUCUAUAGAAAUAAGCUCAAGUUUGCCAUCCACGACAAGUACGUUGGCGGCAGUAAGCCUUCUUGCGAAUGCUGUUAUCUAUACUUCAAACACCACCCUGCCCGAAUGGUACUUCCGAAGUCAUCACACAAGGUCUUUCUCAACUGGAGCCUGCCGCCAGUCGCCAACCCUCAAAGUGGAGAUGAGUUCGUACAGCAACGGAGAACCUUGAGCAAGAUGGUAAACGACCUUGUUAAUAAUGCCAUUUCUCAAAUACUGGACUGCAGCACCGCUCCUUGUUUGCGCCCCGAUUCUUUGACCGAUCUGUCCAGCACCAUUGCGUCCUUCCGGCUGAUGGAACCAGAUGGUGUGUAA